UGAACCACUGGCGAACACAUUAAAAUUACGCACAAUAUCGAAAUAUGGAUACGCCAAUGUGCGCACGCCAGCGGCGCAAAGGUCCGCUGCCAAAAAGGGCAGAAAAGUGUCGUGAAAAUCGUCAAAUAUUGCGUAAAGUCUAGUUUAAAGUGCAUCUGUCGGUGUUCGUAAUGAUGCCGAGUACGCUGAAAAACAAAAUAUUAAAUUUGCAACAAAAACUGAGGGCUGAAAAUGAGUCAAGUGACAGAGAUAGGCAAAACACCGUAGGGAUGCCAGGAACUGGCUUACCGCCGUCAUCCUCGGGGCCUGGGACUAGCCCUGCUGUUCGAAGGCCGCGACAACUUGUGGAUUCAGGAACACCAACGCGGCCUAGACGGAACUUGGACUUGCCUGUAUUACAAAUGCCACCCCAGCGGACACAAGAUAGUGAAUUUGACUCUAAACUUCAAGAGAUUAUGAAAAUGAAUGGGAUUUUAAGUAUUAACGGACAGAAAUAUCAAACUGAUAUGAAAGACUUGGAACACCUUGGAGAAUUGGGAAAUGGUACUUGCGGGCACGUCGUCAAAAUGAGGCAUAGACCGAGUGGAGUAGUCAUAGCUGUAAAACAAAUGCGAAGAUCCGGAAAUACAGAGGAAAAUAAAAGGAUAAUAAUGGAUUUAGACGUAGUGCUCAAAUCUCACGACUGUCCAUAUAUCGUACAGUGUUUAGGAUGUUUUAUUACCGAGUCUGACGUGUGGAUAUGUAUGGAACUGAUGGCCACCUGCCUUGACAAAUUGCUAAAGAGGAGCAGACAAGCGAUACCUGAAGAAUUUCUUGGAAAAGUUACCGUUGCUACAGUGAAAGCGCUAUCGUACCUGAAAGAAAAACAUGGGGUUAUCCAUAGAGAUGUGAAACCAAGCAACAUUCUACUGGAUGAGACGGGGGGUGUCAAGUUAUGCGACUUUGGAAUAUCUGGUCGCUUGGUUGAUAGUAAAGCCAAAACCAGGAGCGCAGGAUGUGCAGCUUAUAUGGCGCCCGAAAGAAUAGAUCCACCCGACCCAACGAAACCUGAUUAUGACAUAAGAGCCGAUGUCUGGAGUCUGGGAAUUACUUUGGUAGAAUUAGCUACUGGAGUGUUUCCAUAUCGAGAUUGUAAAACCGAUUUUGAGGUUCUGAGUAGGGUGGUACAGGACGAACCUCCCUCUCUCCCUUUGGACUCGUCUUUUUCCAAAGAGUUUCGUCAUUUUGUUUGCUGUUGCCUCACUAAGAACUAUAAACAUCGGCCCAAAUAUCAUAAGCUCAUGGAACAAGCCUUUUAUAAAAAGCACGACUGUGAACAAGUCGAGGCGGAAGGCUCUUCAUCACCUAAUUCUUGUUCUGAGUGGUUUGCGACAGUUAUGCGUCAAUUGGAACCAAGUUGCAGGCCACCGGGAGGGCCGCCACGGAUUUCCGGACAUGUAUCAUUGAAACAGACGGCUCAUCUUAGAACACACUCUGAAGUUCCAGCGUUCCUACGAAGUGGUAUCACCAAAGAACUACAAAAUUCCAGUUUCGUACCCUUUCACCAACGCCAAAGUAGUGAAAAUGGUUCGAGUCAUGUCCCGUAUAGUCCAUAUGCGUUAAGAAGAAAGGAAAUUGCUAGUCCAUUCUCAGCACCAACUACCAAAGAAUCAGGAGAAAGCUUGGAUUCAAACGUAAACAGGCAAUUUUCACCUUUUCGACAACAAUCCAAAGGCACUGAUCAAAGUUGUGAUCCAUUCAGUAAACCUGUCUCAGAGAUCAAUCCAACAAAUGGUCAAGGCGGACCGUUUUCUCCGUUCAGGCAAGACCCCAAUUUUUCGGAAACAAGAAACAGACCUUACUCACCGUUUUCUUCAAAAUUAGAAGAACGAGAUGGAAGUAGGGAUCGUUGGCAAGGUAUUUCGAGAUCUUUAAGUCCUUUUGCUCGCGAUUAUUCACCAUGGAGACGAGAAAAUGUUGACCCUCCAGGAGUUGUUCAACCUACUAAUGAGGGUGGAAAAUAUUCACCCUUUAUGCAACAGAGAGUUAGACAUCAGUCGCCUCAAACUCAUCCGCCAAUUCAGGAUAUAUAUGGAAGUCCUUUGGUUAGUCGAAAAAGAUUUCCAUCUGAGCCACCAGCCCAGGGUUCUACUAGUCCACAAUUAUUGAUAUCACGCUAUGCUCACCAGCACCAUCAGCGCAAGCAAGAAACUUCUCCACCUCUUACACAGGGUCAGGGAAUAUGCAAGGAAUCAGCGAAAAAACGAUUCGCUUCCUACGUUCGGCUUAGACUUGGGAGCGACCGUGCGCCUUCUCCGGAACCUCCUCCAAGAUUUAAUCGUGGAGAAUCUCCGCUUGCACUCAGAAGAAAUAUUACGGAUCCAUCAUCACCUUCAUUUUCCAGAAGGUAUGUGUCGCCAUCACCCCCACAGCCGCCACCUAGAAGACUUUCUGAAAGCAACUCGGUUCCUGGAAGUCCGCAACACAUGCGCACCCGUUUACAUUAUACUCCUGAACCCCAAAGAAGGCCACCACCCACAUAACCCAUUACAUCUAUGAAGACUUGGUCUCUUAUCAGUGCCAUACAAUAUAUUACUCUGCCAAUUUGACGUACGAUUUCGACGGAUAUUACACUCAAUAUUACACUCAACUGUCUGCUGAGCAGCCUAUGUACAAAGUGGUGCAACCAUAGCGGAAUCAAAUGAGUCGUUUGGCUAUCGCGCACUAAAAAUUAACCUUUUAUACUUGAAGUUUAUUACAGCUCUUAAAAUUACGGUGACAAUUGGUAAAUUUUUAUACUUGGCAGAGUCGCUGAAAAUUGUAAAACAUUAAUUUUGCAUUGCGCAGCAAUUGUCGAAAUGAAGUGGUAUAAUGAAUUUUUGUAUUUAUAUUUAUUUUCGUUUUUAUUACGUUGUGUAAGUGCUAAGUGCACGGCUGGUAGGAAGUAAUUCGUAAUAACUUUGGUUAUUUUACAAAACUUAUGUUACUUUUUUAGUGCAAUACUAUUUUAUGAUUUUCAUUGAUAUACCAUAAAUUAAAUACUUCUAUCAAAUAUUACUUCCUGUCAGUUUGAACAAUAUUAUUUUCUUCCAAAAAACUUUUGGAUAUAUGUAACGGUUUUCACAAAUUCAUUACUAAUUGUUAUUUCUGAAGGAUUCUAUAAUUUUGCUCUGCAGCUUGGGGUGGUUAACAUUCUUACUGUGCAUGCUUCGCUGUUUGAAAAUAUUUUGAUAGAGUAAAGCGAGUUCACAGAGCACAGCUAUGAAACUCACCUUCAGUUUAGUUUCAGUUGGCUUGGUUACUACCAGCCCUGGUACA